GACGGUACUGUGCGAGGAACGCAGAACGCUCCAUUUCCUCCGGGGAAAGAACGAUACGACCAUCCUGAGCCCGAGAUGGGACGGCCGUUUAUCUGCCCGGUGCGCAACUGUAGAUCUCUUGCUAUUAGCAUGAAGCACAUGGCGGCACACUUUCAUGGGAAGCAUAACCGCCUUUUGUUCAACGAUAAUGGCGAUGGUACCUUUUCCCCAGUGAGAGCCUACACAAAUAAGGACGACAGCUCUCCUGGCAUCAUCGUUUCGCGCAUUCCGAUCUCUGCUGAGGCACCACCCGCCGCAACCCCGGAAUAUUCAGAGAGACAAAGACUGCUGCUGCUGAGGACAAACGGUUCGCCUAUGUCAUACGUAUCCGCAGGCCCUCGGGAAGCCGUUCAGCCACCUAUGACUGAAACGCUCAAGUUUUUGCACCGGUUCCUAUCACCAAAUCAGCAAAUCCCUUCUCGGCCGGACAUACUCGCACUCUCAAAAUAUGAGCGGGUUCGGAAUUUGCCAGCCUCGUGGAUAGACUAUCAUAUUGAUAAGACGAUCGAUCCUCUCCACUACGCCUGUGUUUUGGCGUAUCUAGUAGGCACUGCAGAAGAAAAGAAUCCGUGCCGCAAAUGGAAAGGAGUAUCGCGGCUGUCAGAUCCCUGCGUAGGGUUGCCUGCGAGCCUUUCGGCCGAAGCGCGAGCUGCAUUCAGCAGAUCAAAGACGUGCAUUGCCUGCCAAUACCAAUAUUGCUACAACCGUACCAAAAACGAGUGCGAGUGGGCUAAAAACGACAACGGCAUGGCGCUCGAUACUAUGGGCGAAGAAGCAGAUGCAACGGCACAGGCAGAGGUGAUACCCCAGUCUGGGGUUGAACCAGCAUCUGAGAUGAUGCCCAAGGUAGUCGCAGCGGAUAGCGGUUACGCAGACGAUGAUUAUGAUAUGAUAUCAGACGGCCUACCAUUAUCGAAAAAGGAGCCUGAGCAGGUCCCCAUUCGAACAUCUCAAAACAAGAGUCCGCCACCUAUAUCAAAUGUCACACAAAAUCCAGCAGCCGCUCAGAUGGAGGCGGAAGAAAUGGAAGACUGGGAAAUUGCCCCUGGUACUAUCAAAGACGAAGUGACUAAUAUGAAUAUCGGCUUUUCCAACACCUACAUGUCUGACCAACGACCAAUUACCAUCUCCCCAGGGCUCAGCUUCAACGUUCUUGUCCUGAAGCCAGGACGCCCGUAUCACUGGCCGGUGGCGAUUAGCAUGGUGCGCACGUGUUCUGUAAGCGCCGGCAAGAUCAGUGUCAAGAUGGGCGACAACGAGACGUUCAAGCUAGGGCCGAAUGGAGUAGUUGUCAUACGGCCAGGACAGGAUUGCACGGUUUCAAACCGGCUUUACACAGAUGCGCGAGGGACAGGUAUGGCUCGUGGCGGCGGCGGCCCGAUACGGCGGGCCUCUGCAAGCCUCGCGCUGGACGUGCCUGCUCCUCCUGCACCUACGCGGAGGAGAUCUGGCAGAUCAAAAACACCAAGUAUAUUCACGGAUACCGACGAUACCGAUUUGAAGCCUGGAGCGAGCGAGAGAUUUUCUGAGAAGCCGGGGACUGGACAUGGUCAGAACCAGCAGCCGCGGACUCGGUUUACCAUUGACCCCGAGGGCCAACUUACACACGAUGAGACGAGCGUCGACGUCGUCACGGUGCCGUGUCCGGGCGGGCAUCCCCUGCGGAGCUGGAACCGAGAUGGCCUCAUGGGACGAUAUUAUGGCGCGCCGUCGAUGCGGGAUGCCGAGGUUCGCGAGGUGGAGCGGCAGGGUCCGUCGUGGGUGAGGCAGGGCAUUCGGCGAGAGGCCAAUAGGGCGAGGAUCUUGCUGUAUGAGCACCCGGAGGUUGUGGACGGCAUGACGCUGAACAAGCUGGCGGUUGCGCUGCUGGACGAGCUGAGGGAGCUGAGGACGAGGGAGAAGCGGGAGAGGCCGCUGUUGUUUAUUGGGCAUAGCAUUGGCGGGUUGGUGGUGAAGAUGGCGUUGGUGAGGGCGAGUCGGGAUGCGAGGUAUGAGGGGAUACUGAGGGAGUGUUAUGGGGUUGCUUUCUUUGGAACGCCGCAUCAAGGAUCCAGCUACUUUGCCAUGCCCUCUCUCGCGUCGAGCAUCCAGCAGCUCCUACAGCUAUCAGCUCCCUUGCCGGCAUCUCUCACGGAUGAUUUACGCAUGGCAAAUCAUUUACUGCUCCAUGUAGACGAGGACUUUAAAAUCAUAUCCGACGAUCUCCGCGUAUGGACCUUUUACGAGACAAUCGACUCUCGACUAUCAGCCAACUCGGGAGACAUCUACUUCACGGCUCCCCUGACAUCCAUCAAGUCUGCCAUUCUAGGGAUGCGUCAGGAGCGCAUUUUCCCCCUGCAGGGCGACCAUGCCAACAUUGCGUCCUUUGGGAGGCACAACGUGCACACGCUGCGGCUGUUCUUGCGCCAGCUGGCGGAGCAUAUCGAAAAGGCAGAUUCCAACGCCCGCGAGGAUGCGAGGGCGGGGAAAUGGAUGCUCAACUUGGAGCAGAAGGUGACGGUGGAGGUUCAUGGCUUUUUUGACGACGCGGGGAUUGAUGAUGGGACGGUGAGGGCCUGGUCGACGAGAUUGCCGCUGAGGGAGUUUCUGAAUAAAGGCCCGGAAGCAUGUCUGAGUGAGAGGCUGAAUGAGUCGGAAGGCCCGCCUGAGGAGGGAAGAUUUCUUGCCAUGAGGGGGAGGACGGGCUUGGUGGAUAUGGAGGGACCGCCCGAGGUUGUUGUUGCGUUUCCUCCGGAUCCUAUGACGGUAAAGAAUGCGUUGGGUAUUAAUCAAGACAUGAUCCCUUCGGUUGAUCACACUGAUGCGCUGCCUUUGGUAUUGCCGGUGCCGCCGUCGCCCAUGCUUCUACCGGUUGACUCUCCAAUGUCAAGGCCAAGAAAGAGUACGGAAUCUGCACCGUCGGCAAUACGUUCACGGCCUGCAGCUGGACCUUUGACGCCUCCUUCUCGGCCCAUCUCGCUGCCCCCUCAGCAAACGUCGGCUUUUCGGAAACCCUCGCCCCUUAUGCGGGCGAGCCUAGACCAGGAGCUCGCUAUUGAUCGUCUUUCGCCUCCUUUACGUGGCCGAGUCGGGCGGUCAUUUAGCCGGUCUAUGAGUCUGGACAGUGACAUUGGGGGCGCAUCAUCUCCCCCUCGGUAUCGUGGCUUUCCUCCUUUAUCUGCGCGAAGUAAAAGUACGUUUGACAGGGCUCUUAUUGGAGAUGAGAAUGAUAGCGAUGGCGGUGAGGACGACGGUGGGCUGGAGGGGUCUCCGAAACUGCCCGAGAGCGUUCUUGCGAUUCGGAAGAUGGCAAAGGAGAGGGGCCACAGGCCGAGCGAAACUGUGAUUGUAGAUGACGGGGUGGUGGCGGCUCAUACUGCGUUUAUGAAGCCGGAGGCUAAGGCGAGGAAGUUUCCCAAUAUCAUGAAAACUGACAUGUGCUCAUGUAUAGUAUCUCCACGGGCUCAUUCUGUGACCAGCCGCUCCCUUUCACCACCUGGUGGAGACGACCAGAUGUAUGUUUGUCUGUUUCUCCCGUACCUACACUUUGACUCGUACAAGAGACUCAUCCGCCGACGCGAACUCAUUGCGAAGCGUUUGGCUCACGGGAGGGCCAGGCCCGUGCCUGAAUCUGUUGCCAAGUCGGAUUCUGUUGAACUGCAAGUUGUCUGGGAGUUCUUGGGACAUGACCCGCCAAUUAAUUGCCGGCGCACGCUGGAUCAAUAUGGCUACCCGUCGAUCAGAGAUACACGGUCUCGAGACGACGACCAAAUGCUGUACAAGUUGACAAAGGAAAGAUACUAUGACGUGGCUGAAUACAGGGGAUUGUAUAGUCAGACUUCGGGCAGUGGUUCCGCCCGGACAGGGAGCUGGCGGGAGAGGCUCAAUAAACAGAAUGGCGGCGAGAACGGAGAUGAAGAGGUUGAGAAGGAUGUGCUGAAUGGGAAUGUGCUGAUGGUGGACCAGCUAUGGAUCUGGACUAUUUCAACUCAUACGCUGCUUUCAUUCUUCCCCAAGCGGGAGAGCGAUCCUAUCGAGGGGCCAUUGUAUCAGCAGGCAGAUCUGCGCGAUAGCAUCUUCAACGAUGUCAAUGUAGAUCUCACUCGCCUCUGUGAUAGCUCUUUGGACUUGGCGGCACUAGCAGCUCUGCAUGCGGUGAGCGUUCUCCUUGACCGGGCUUCUCAUCCCGAUUUGGAAGUCUUUCGCAUAUUUGAAGAAGCCAUCAGCAUCUUGACUGAGAAACUUACCACAUCUCUCAAAGAGUUCCGCUCAGAGGGAUUUCGUGACAAGGCUUUUGACUAUGAGCCUGUCGAGAAUAAAGCUCGCUCGAUCCGGGAGCGUCACAAACAGGAGGGUCGACGAGCCGAGCAAGAGAAUAGGGACAACACUUCGGCGUUAUUGGAGCUACGAGAUAUUGAAGACGAAUUGGCAACUCUACUGGGCCUAUUUGAGAGACAGACUAAAGUGAUUUCAUCGAUGCACACCAUCUAUAAUCGCCCCGAGAUGAGAGCUCACACGGUCCAUGGAAGAGGAUUCCUCGUUGAGGCGCUGAAGCGGCUGGGGGAGUAUAUCCACGUGACGGAAGAAAUGAUUCGACGAGUGAAGAAUACGAGAGACGAAUACGACAAGUUGCUGCAAAUGGUGCAGCGCCAGGCGCAAGUUGACGAAGUACGACUCAGUAGGCUUCACGCUGAUUUAGCCAGCGCACAGAGCCGAAGCGUGUUGAUCUUUACGACCUUUACCGUCAUAUUCCUGCCGCUUCAGUUCUUUACGGGAAUAUUUGGCAUGAACACGCGAGAAUGGGGAGGGGGCGACAAUUUGCCGCUGCGAACGAUUGCCGUGAUUGGCAUCCCGGCGAGCGUGCUCCUAAUCGUGGUGACUCUCAUCGUUGCGUGGAGCACCAAUGCGCGACGCUUCUUCAAGUGGAUCGGGAGGCAGUAUGGAGGAGCAAUUCGCUUUUUUUACGAAAUCUUUGCAAGACCCGUGGCGCAGUGGACGAUGAAGUACAUGGAUAGUAUGGCGGCGAGGAGGGAAGGGAAGCGCAGGCAAGGAGGGCCCGGGAGAGGGGAAGACAGAGCUCCGAAUGGCAGCUUGAGCACGGAGACGAGUGAUUUCUGGGAGAGGCAUCGGCUGGAGAGGGAGAGGGGGUAUCAGAUUCCAGAGGUGAAUAAGGCGCCGGCGAAUAGGGUGAAGGGAGGGGGGGUGAAGUUGAGGAAGAGGGAGAGGGGGUGAUUUUCCAUUCUUGAGUGUAUGAUAUACCAUGAUUGUUUUUUGGUUGUUUCAUUUUUUUUUUUUUUU